CCCACUGAGAACUGAACUUUCAGCGGGCGGGUGCGGUACCGAGCCCGGACCUGGAUUUCACCGCCCCUCCCCCCAGCCCAGGAGCGGAGCUAGGACCGAGCCGAUCCACGCCGGAUCAGUGCAGAGUUUAGAACCCGGAUCAGGAAAUCUCGGGUCCCAGACUGGGAAAUCCCGGAGCCUGGAUUAGUAAAGACCGGAGCUCGGACCCGGAAGCCCCGGAGCUCGGAUCGCGGAGGGGCUUCCCCGGGCGCGGAGCCCGGAACCUGGAUCGCGGCUGAGGCCAGACGGGACGGAACGAUGUCGGGCCGCGGCGCGGGCGGGUUCCCGCUGCCCCCACUGAGUCCCGGCGCGGGGGCGGUGGCGGCGGCCCUGGGGGCUCCCCCGCCCCCCACGGGGCCCGGGAUGCUGCCCGGAGCGGCGUUGAGGGGUCCAGGGCCUGCUGGAGGCACGGGGGGGGCCGGGGCCGCAGCCUUCCGCCCCAUCGGGCCCGCGGGGCCAGCGGCGCAGUACCAGCGCCCUGGGAUGUCUCCAGGAAGCAGGAUACCUAUGAGUGGCCUACAGGUGGGACCCCCAGCUGGCACUCCUUUUGGCACAGCUUCUCCACUUCGGCCUGGGAUGCCACCUACUAUGAUGGACCCAUUCCGGAAACGUCUGCUUGUGCCGCAGCCCCAGCCUCCAAUGCCCACCCAGCGCCGGGGGCUAAAGAGAAGAAAGAUGGCAGAUAAGGUUCUACCUCAGCGAAUUCGGGAGCUAGUCCCAGAGUCUCAGGCAUAUAUGGACCUCUUGGCCUUUGAGCGUAAACUGGACCAAACAAUUGCCCGUAAGCGAAUGGAGAUCCAGGAGGCCAUCAAGAAACCGUUGACGCAAAAACGAAAGCUUCGAAUCUACAUUUCUAACACGUUCAGCCCCAGCAAGGCAGAAGGUGAAGGGGCAGGAGCUUCGGGAGCUACAGUGGGAGCCCCAGGGUCAGUUCCAGCAGGGGACAAAGUGGCCUCCUGGGAACUUCGAGUGGAGGGAAAGCUACUGGAUGAUCCCAGCAAACAGAAGAGGAAGUUUUCUUCAUUUUUUAAGAGUCUGGUCAUUGAGCUGGACAAGGAGCUUUAUGGACCUGAUAACCAUCUGGUGGAGUGGCACCGUUUGCCCACAACCCAAGAGACAGAUGGCUUCCAAGUGAAACGCCCUGGGGACCUUAAUGUUAAGUGUACCCUUCUGCUUAUGCUGGAUCAUCAGCCGCCCCAAUACAAGCUGGACCCUCGGUUGGCUCGGCUACUCGGUGUGCACACCCAGACCCGAGCUGCCAUCAUGCAGGCACUGUGGCUGUACAUUAAGCACAACCAGCUGCAAGAUGGGCACGAGCAUGAAUACAUCAACUGUAACCGCUACUUUCGCCAGAUCUUUAGCUGUGGGCGUCUUCGUUUCUCGGAGAUACCCAUGAAACUGGCUGGGCUGCUGCAGCAUCCAGACCCCAUUGUCAUCAAUCAUGUCAUCAGUGUGGACCCCAAUGACCAGAAGAAGACAGCUUGUUAUGAUAUUGAUGUUGAGGUAGACGAUCCACUCAAGGCACAGAUGAGCAACUUUCUAGCCUCCACCACCAACCAACAGGAGAUUGCAUCCCUGGAUAUUAAGAUCCACGAAACCAUCGAGUCCAUCAACCAGCUGAAGACUCAGAGGGAUUUCAUGCUCAGUUUCAGCACUGACCCACAGGACUUCAUUCAGGAAUGGUUGCGUUCUCAGCGACGAGAUCUCAAGAUCAUCACAGAUGUGAUAGGUAACCCAGAGGAAGAAAGGAGAGCUGCUUUCUACCAUCAGCCCUGGGCCCAGGAAGCUGUAGGGAGGCACAUUUUUGCCAAGGUGCAGCAGCGCAGGCAGGAACUGGAACAGGUGCUGGGAAUCCGCCUGACCUAGCAGCUCAGGGAGCCUUCUUUAUUCCUGCAGCCACUCCCU